AUGCCUUUGCGUGAGUGGAACUUUUCAGAUUUUCUCCAGAAAGUUCUUAUUUUUCAGCUAACAAUUUACCGCCCGUUUCCGCCGUCGAUGGAUCCGAAGCUCACACGUACUUGGCCACUCUGGUUCACACCCGGAUGAAGCGAGCCGUGAACGGUAUCGCCCCUUUUCCCCAAAUACCAACUUAUCUAUCUGUUUUGAAGGUGACAAACUCGAUGAAAUUCUGGAGAGUUUGCAAGUGUACGCCCGUCUCGCCAACGGAAUUUCCCUGCAAAUCGGACUGUCCGACUCUUCCGUUCCCGUGGAUGACGUCAUCGUCGAGUUGCUCCACGUGGCACCUCUCAAGCUCAGCGAUGUUAUCAACUUGGACACGAACGCACUGAGCGAGUCAUUGAAGACGUUCAAGGAGCUUCUGGAUCAGCUGGAGACGGCGAAUAAUGUGAGGAGCGUUGAGGAACGAUUGGAGCUUCUGGAGACGAUAAGGGGAAUUGUUGCGAACCUCGGCGAUGUGAAGAAUCUGGAAGGGAAGGGAGCGUAUUCGAGUGCGUUAGAGAAGGCGAAGGGAUUCGCGAUUGAUGUGCAUGCAGUUUCAAUGUUUGGUAACGCAGUGGAUGCGCUAAAGCUGUCGAUGACUCAAAUUGACGAAUGGAAAAACGAAAAAGAUGUGAAAUCCAUGUAUGCCAAAGUGAAUAAUUUGAACUACCAGCUGAACGAGUACGAGACCGCUUUCAACACUUUCUCUCCUAUGUUCCUCAAGUUGGAUGAAGUCGGUGGUCUUCAGAAUGGAACGGCCAUCUUCCAAUCGCUGAUCGACGAGAACGAAGCACGGAACAGUUACAAGCUCCACGCGGGAUUCAAGCCCGAGCAAAUUGAAAAGUCACGUAAGCUGCUCAACACUUUCAAAUCGGCUGCCGAUGCCUUCAAGAGAGACCGCGGCUUGCUCGAAACUCUCCGGAGACUGGUUUCUGCGCACAACUCCGUUUUCGGUCCGUCGAAGUUCGCCACUGGAUUCCCGAACGGAGGCGACGAUCUGGACGAGCUCGCGAAGGAUACGGAGAAGGAAUGGGUGCACGAGAGCAUGAAAGGAGGAAAGGAAACGGCUGUGCAUCUGAAGGGAACAUUUCAGAAGUUGGAUGAGUUCAAGAAGGAGUUGAAAGUCGUGGAAAAGGUUCUGGAGCCGGUGAGCAACAAGAAAAGUGUCGCUGCUUUGAAGCAAUCAACAUCCGUUCAACUCGAAAUGGCCGGAAAAGCGGAUAAAUGGAAAGACCAGCGCAGUGCUUCGGAAGGAUUGGAAGAUUGCGACAGCAAGUUUCACCAGAAGUUCCAGCCCGACUAUUCCGCUAUCAGCCCGACUCUGGAGUCGAUUAAGAGAUUGGAUGAGUUGAUUGGUACGCUGGCGUUCGACAGGAGCACUGUCAAAAUGGAUGAUAUCGUCGCACUGAAGAACCUUACCGACGUGCAAUCGUUCUCGGACAAAGACAAAAAGGAGAAGAUCCCCGGAAUCGUUGCCAGCCUGAAAAGUAUGCCAGAAGUCAAAACGACUCGUGCCGGUCUCGACAAACUCAAAUCUCAUCUGGAAGGUGUGAAGAAAGCGGCCACUCAGAUCCCCACGUUGGCUGAUGAAAUCCAUAAGAAGAUCGUGGUGAUUGACAAGUACGUGAAAGACCUGGCUGACUCCAACUUUUUGAGUUUCUACGAUUGCAUGAAAAAAAUCGGACCCGGUGGGACAGGACUCAAGGACAUGAUCGGAAAGGUCGAGAUUCUGAGAAGCAAGAGAACCGAUUUGAACGUCGACGAGGCACGUGGCAUUUUGAACUCUCUUCAGGCUUCGAAAUCCGGAUUGAAAGUGCUUCAAACCGCCGGAAGUGCUCUGAAAGGCGUGGAUGUGAAUGAGCUGAAGGGAGCGAUGGAGAGUGCCCAGACUGUCGCGGAGAAUCUGGGAAUGGCCGCUCAAGGCAUUGGAAGUAUCGCGAACGCGCUGGAAAAUCGGAGCAAUCUGGAUGGGAUCACGGCUGUCAAUGCUGAAGAGAUCAAGAAAACGGCGGAUGCGCACAAGGCACAGCUGGGGUCUCACCACGAGAAUCUCUUGAAACUGGAAGGACUCGGGACCGAUCUGAAGAGCGUCUUCGUUGGAAUCGACACGUUCACGGGCUCGUUGAAACAUUUCUCGAGCACCGUGCUGAGGAAUUUUGUUGAUCCGUUCCGCCAAGCCGAGAAGAUCCCUAGUGUGAAGAUGACCGAGUCAGAACUGGUCGAGAUGAAGAAGGCCGUCGAGGCGUUAAUUGUCAUCGAUCCGAAUGGAAAACAGCAGUUGGAACCCGUUCUCAAGGCUCUGAACACUUUGAGCUCUUUGGAUUUGGAUUUUUCGCGCUUCAAGUUCUCCCAAACGGUCAAUAGCCUGACAUCGCUCGAAUCCUUCUUUGCCAGACUCUCCAGUUCCCUCGUCGUGACGACUUCUACUCCUCCGUCCACGAUUUCGUCCACUUCCAGACCACUCUUCGCCGCUUCCACUGUUCUCAUUUCUGUGGCUACGCAAGCACCGACCGAUUACACGUGGUAUGAUAUUCAGUGGAAAAUUGAGUACAUGUAUUUAUUUCAGGCUGGUUGUGAUUGGUAUCAUCUUAAUCAUUUUGAUAAUCGUCAUGGUAACCAGCUGGUGCUGCUUAAGAAAGAAGAUCAAAAUGAAGUUGAACAAAUGGAAAAGCGGCUCGACGAGCUCCGCUUCAACUAGCAACGAAACUGUGUCUUCAACGCCUCUGAAUAGCACCGUGAUCAAUGAGACGGCAAAAACUGCAGAGUCAUACACCACGAAUCAGUCGCCGGCUCUUUUACAAAAGCAGCCGAAGACUCCCAAAGAGAAAGUUCCUGCGAAGGGUUCGACGUCUUCGGAUGGAUCCAAGAAUCAGCCGAAGACUCCCAAAGAAAAAGUUCCUGCGAAGGGUUCGACGUCUUCGGAUGGAUCCAAGAAUCAGCCGAAGACUCCCAAAGAGAAAGUUCCUGCGAAGGGUUCGACGUCUUCGGAUGGAUCCAAGAAUCAGCCGAAGACUCCCAAAGAGAAAGUUCCUGCGAAGGGUUCGACGUCUUCGGAUGGGUCCAAGAAUCAGUCGACGAGCCGUGAAAAAGAAGAUCCUCCGAAGGAUGCGAAAGAUAAAUCCAAAGAACCUGGCGUUUCUCGUGAGAAGAAAGACAACACAGUUUCGGAUGAAGAAGAAAAGUCAGUAGUUUCACUGAAUGGCAAGAUGACAUUUCUGGAAGGCGUGUGCCGUCAGAUUCGGAAUGAGGACUGGAUGGCGAGGACGUGGGCCAAAAAAGUAAUCGAAGAGGCUUUCAAGAGAGCUACACAAGACAAAGAGCAUGCAGUGGAUGAAUACGUGCACAAGAUAAAAUGUGGCCAUCAUACAAUCUUCAUGACCGAGGUAGUGAUGAAUGAUGAGUAAUGAAUUCAUUGUAACUAUUUGCAGCAUCCGAAAGACAUUUCAAGCCUGGAGCGUUUUUGGGAGACGGUCGACACUGGCCAUAUCAAAGCGAUUGUUCAUUUGAGCAAUCACUCAAAAGGUAGGAAUAAUUGGAAAUUGCCUCCGACACGCUUGAUUUUGCUACAGACCGCUUCCCGUAUUAUCCUGAGGAAGGCGCAGUGUUUAGAACGGCGAAUAGGAAGUACCAGGUGGCGAUCGAGAAGAGGACCCAAUGCCACUUCACGCCGGAUAUCACCGUCAAACUCACUAAUAAUAGCACGUGGGUUGCAUUGCAAAUCGAGUUUCAGUAAAUCUGGUCUGAUUUAUUUAGGAAAGUAGAGAAACACAUCGGCAUUUACAAGAUAGAUACGCAGGAGUGUGAAACUUUUGCUGCUUUCCAAAGAAUUGCCGCCUUGUUCGAUUACCUAAGUGACGCCAAAGUGAGUUCUUCAUCUUUUCUUCUCAGAUCACUCAUUCUUUUACAGAAGACUACUCUGGUUCAUUGUUCAAACGGUAUCGAUCGUACGAUGGCAUUCGUCGGCGCACGGAAGGGAAUCGAAAUGUGCUCGAAGCAGAAAAACUGCACGGUUCUGCAGAGUGAGUUUUUAGCGCGCUCAGUGUCAUUUCCAUUGCAAAGUCUCUCUGUUUGCAGUUCUGAUCACCUUGUACCAGCACAAGCACAGAUUGAUUAGGCCGAAGGUGUUGUUUUUCAUUUUGAAGGCAAUUGCACAGCGUACUGAAGAGGUACAUUCGAAUUUUAGCACAAUUUUAGAAAUACAUUCGAGUUUGCAGAAAUCUUCGGCGUUCUUCCAUCCGAUAUUCGACGAAUUCUCGUUUUACUUAGAACAGGAAGAGUCGAAGAAACCGCAAACUCAUUUACUAUAUUUGAAUGCUCUAAAUUAUUAUUUGAACAAAGCGUAUCAAGCAGCCGAAGUGGAAUGUUAUCAACAGAAUAGAAAGAUGAAAGAAAUGAAGGACAAGCAGGAAGAGGAGGCAGAACGACUAAAGGAGCCGGAAGUGAAGAAAGUGGGCAGACAUUUGGAGAAGUUUCCAACCGACUCGGAGAGAGAGCAGCGUGAACGGAGAGAUAGACGGAAAAGAAAGCCGCCGAAACCGGAUGUUUCCUACAAGCAGACAGAGAAGAAGGAUAAAGGAAGAACUAGUAGACUAUUGUAUAUCCGUAUCAACGGGAGGCCUGAAUCAGCCCCGAAAUGAUCGACUUAUUUGACGAUUCGAUAAAAUAUAUUUGUUUGAUCCUCCUGUGAUGUGUCCAAAUUCAUGUGAUUGUUUGCAUUUUUUCCUUGCCCUUAUCAGUUUCCACUGCCCAGAAACAUUGCCUUUCUCGCCUGACUGCUCUUCUUUUCACGAAACUUUUCAAAGCGAACCUUUUCAGGAUUAUUGUAUCCUUAAGCGAUGAGAGAAGUGAUCUCGAUACACGUCGGUCAGGCGGGAGUUCAAAUCGGAAACGCGUGCUGGGAGCUCUACUGUCUCGAGCACGGAAUCCUUCCCGACGGCACUUUUCUCGAUGCGGACGGUUCUUCGGGCUCUCUGAGCACGUUUUUCUCGGACACUGGCUAUGGAAGACACGUGCCACGGGGACCUCUGAUUUUUUUUAUAAGAGUUCAGUUUUACUGGGUUCUUCAAAAUGAGCCAGGUCAGAGGUAAAUGUAAGGUUUCUGAGAGAAGUUACAGCUUCACAAUUUCCACUCCUCCGUAUGCUUUGACAGCCCGUGAUGACAUUUGCCGCAGAAAUUUGAGAGUUUUCCGCCCGAGCUACACCAAUUUGAACAGAAUUAUUUCACAGGUUUGCGGAAAAACAGUAUUUCUCCGGUAGCGGCCAGACAAAAGCCCUCCAAAUUUGAAUUUUUGUAAAUUUUCCAAGAAACAGACACUCUUCCUUUGUGUUUGACACAAAAUAUCGUAAAUGUACGAUAUUUUUUCCCAAACAUUUAAAUUUUGCAGUCUUUUUCCAGGCGAAGCCUGAAAUUCGGUAAACAUGUACGAAAAAGACGAAAAAAAAGAGCAUUUUUGAAAUUUUUGUGCGAAAAAAGUUGUAUCGACUGUUUGCAGGUGGUGUCCUCGAUCACGGCCUCUCUCCGCUUCGACGGCGCUCUGAACGUGGAUCUGAGCGAGUUCCAGACGAACCUGGUCCCGUACCCGCGCAUCCAUUUCCCCCUCGUCGCCUACAAUCCGCUCAUCGCUUCGGCAAAUCAUGAGAUCCUCUCGGUCGACGAGAUCACCAAAUCGUGCUUCGACUCUGCAAAUCAGAUGGUGAAAUGCGAUCCGAAGAACGGAAAGUACAUGGCCGUCUGCCUGCUUUACCGCGGCGACGUCGUGCCGAACGACGUCUCCGCCGCCAUCAAAUCGAUCAAAACGCAGAGGACGGUGCAGUUCGUGGACUGGAGUCCGACCGGAUUCAAAGUCGGACUCAACUACCAGCCGCCGACGGUGAUCCCGGGCGGCGACAUGGCCAAGGUGCCGCGCGCCGUCUGUAUGCUCUCCAACACGACGGCGAUUGCGGAAGCGUGGCAGAGACUCGACUACAAGUUCGAUUUGAUGUACGCCAAACGGGCGUUCGUGCAUUGGUAGGUUCAUUUUCAAGUUGUCCACGGCGACCAAAAGUUGAGAGGCGCGUGGCCCAGUGAGCACGGUUUUCCUCAAAAUUCUGACAAUGUUGCUCUAUCGCGGCCUCGACCUUCUCCAAUUUUGCACUAAAUCCACGUGGAGAGCGGUAGAGAAAAAUAGCCCAAAUUUUCAGACGAAAAGUGAUUUGCAGGUACGUGGGCGAGGGAAUGGAAGAGGGCGAGUUUUCGGAAGCACGCGAAGAUCUGGCGGCGCUGGAGAAGGACUACGAGGAAAUUGGCGCGGAUUCGAACGACGGAGAGGAGGAGGAGGACGAGUAUUGA